AUGGUGAUCCACCGCCUCUCGCCGCCGCCUCGGUUCGUCGUCCUUCCCUCGUGGAAGCGCACCUCCCGCGCCGCUCGAGGGCCUGCGCUGCCUCUUAAGCUGGCACGGCCGCAGCACAGCGAACUGCGCGACUUCAAGAAGCUGUCGUCCGACCCGCCCGGCGGCAUCUCGGGCGCUCCUUGCGCCGACAACAUCAUGGUUUGGAACGCCGUCAUCUUUGGCCCGGCCGAGACGCCCUUCGAAGACGGCACGUUCCGCCUCGUCCUGACGUUCGACGAGUCGUACCCGAACAAGCCGCCGGUCGUCAAGUUCCUCUCCAAGAUGUUCCACCCGAAUGUGUACGCCAACGGCGAGCUGUGCCUCGACAUUCUCCAGAACCGGUGGAGCCCGACGUACGACGUCGCCGCCAUCCUCACGUCGAUCCAGAGCUUGCUGCACGACCCGAACCCGAACAGCCCGGCCAACGCCGAAGCCGCCCAGCUCUACCGCGACAACAACAAGGAGUACGUCAAGCGUGUCCGGGCGACGGUCGAGCGGAGCUGGGUCGACGAGGACGUCGUCGAGUGA